AUGCCGUCCAAGUGGGUACCCCUCGAAGCAUCUCCAGACGUGUUCAACGAGUGGGCACAAUCCCUCGGUCUCCCCGAACACCCCCUCUCCUUCCAAGACCUCUUCUCCCUCGACUCGGACUUCCUCUCCUAUAUCCCUCUGCCAGUCAAGGCGGUCUUGCUCCUCUUCCCUAGCCGAGGGGAGCUGCACGCAGCGAGGGAGAAGGAGGAAGCUGAGGCGCCAGAGUGGGAUGGGAAGGAUGUGUGGUGGAUCAAGCAGACGAUCCCUAACGCAUGCGGAUCCAUCGGUCUUCUCCACGCGCUGAUGAACCUGCCUGAUGGUGCUUUGAAGGAAGACUCGCCGUUGAUGAAGUUCAAAAAGGAGUCGCUGAAGCUGGAACCCUCUGCCCGUGCAAAGCUGCUGGACGAGGCAGACUUCUUUGAGGCCGCCCAUAUUUCUGCGGCACAGCACGGCCAGUCUGCCGUUCCGGAGGACCUGGACGUCGAUACGCACUUCAUCGCAUUCAUUGAGGGCAUCAACGGAAAGGGGGAGAAGAGAGUCGUCGAGCUCGACGGAGGCAGGAAGGGCCCAUUCGACCGCGGAGACUGCACAUCACUGCUUCAUGACGUAGCAGAUAUCGUCCGAGACAAGUACAUAGCUCGAGCAGGAGGCGAUAUCAACUUCAACAUGAUCGUGCUCGCGGGGGAGAGGCAAGACUAG